CGUCGGCUGCUGCAAGACGCCCAUCACCAUCGGCCGUCCCUACUACCGCGUCAAUUUCACGGGGAUGGACCCGGCCCAGGAGAUGGACUCGUUACUGCGUGAAGCUCUGGUGCGCGUCGCCGAGACGGACUGGUUCGGCACGUCGGCCGCGCGCGCCAACUCCUCCCGCGGGGCGGCGAUGCCCCUGGUGCUGGAGUGGGUGGUGGACUCCAAGCGGCUCCGGCAAGCUGAGGAUCCCCCGGGGUGGGCGGCGACGGGCUGCCCCAAUGACGCGGGGACGAGCGAGUGCCGGAGCAGCCACAGCUCAUGCAGCAAUGUCACCAACAACUACCGCACUGGCUACGUGUGCCGGUGCAAGGACGGGUACCAGGGCAACCCAUACCUCGCCGGCGCCGGCGGAUGCCAAGACGUCGACGAGUGCGCGCAGCCUGAUAAGUUCAUGUGCUCCGGCGUAUGCACCAACACGCCCGGAGGGUACCACUGCGUGUGUCCGCCCCGCUCCCGUGGCAACCCUCGGAUCAGAGAUGGCUGUGUCAAAUCAUCUCUAAGUCUAGGUUUAAGUAUCGGCAUAGGAAUCGGCAGUGGUGCUGCCCUUCUUUUCUUGGUGCUUGGUGCCAUUUUUGUGACCCAGAAGCUGAAGCGUCAAAGGGCAAAAGUAUCCAAGCAGAAAUUCUUUAAGCAAAACAGGGGACAUCUACUAGAGCAAUUGGUGUCGCAGAAGGCAGACAUAGCUGAGAGGAUGAUCAUCCCCUUGGUGGAGCUCGAGAAGGCCACCAACAACUUCGACAAAGCUCGUGAGAUCGGUGGAGGAGGGCAUGGCAUGGUGUACAAAGGGAUCAUGUUAGACCUUCACGUCGUGGCGAUCAAGAAGUCCAAGGUCGCAAUCCAGAAGGAAAUCGAUGAGUUCAUCAACGAGGUGGCAAUCCUCUCGCAGAUAAAUCAUCGGAACGUGGUGAAGCUCUUUGGGUGCUGCCUCGAGACAGAGGUGCCGUUGCUAGUAUACGAGUUCAUCUCCAACAGGACACUUUACCAUCACCUUCAUGUCGAAGAACCUGAAGCUUCAUUGCCAUGGGUGGAGCGGCUAAGAAUUGCAACAGAGACCGCAAGAGCUCUCGCGUAUCUUCACUCGGCUGUGUCAUUCCCUAUAGUCCACAGGGAUAUCAAGUCUCAAAACAUUUUGUUAGAUGGCACUCUCAUAGCAAAGGUGUCAGAUUUUGGAGCUUCAAGGUGCAUCCCGCUAGAUCAAACAGGGGAUGAAACCGCCAUUCAAGGGACAUUUGGGUACCUAGACCCUAUGUAUUGCUACUCAGGACAGCUCACCGAGGAGAGCGAUGUUUAUAGCUUCGGCGUGCUCCUAAUGGAGCUGCUCACCAGGAAAAAACCAUGCUCAUAUCGAUCAUCCGGGGAGAAAAGCCUCGUCGCCUAUUUCACCAGUUUGCUCGCAGAAGGUGACCUCUCAAGUGUGUUAGACCCUCAGGUCAUGAUGGAAGGUGGCAAAAAGAUUGAAGAAGUAAUUAUGUUGGCAGCGGCAUGCGUCAGGAUGGAAGGAGGUCAACGACCAACCAUGAGGCAAGUGGAGAUGACACUCGAGAGUCUUCAAGUAUCCCAUGAAAAUGUUGUGAUGGGUGUUAUUGAUGCACAAGGUUAUACAAUGAUUGAAGGUGGAAGCACGGAGGAGGUUAGCAGACAAUAUAGCCGGGAAGAAGAAUAUUUGUUCUCAUCAAGGUGCCCGCGGUAGUGAAUGUGUUCGUGUGUGAUAUACACAUGGACCAAAUGGCAUGUGUGCUUUAUGUUUUUUUCUUUUAAGCAAAUGGUGGCUUGUAUUAACCAGAUCAUAUAUACCAAAGCGGAAGAAUACAUGCCUUCACAUAAAUCAAAGAA